AUGGCAGAAGAAGCCGCCGCCGCCGCCGCUGCCGCCGAAGCACUGGAAUCGAUGUCCGUCGCCGAAUCUUCCACCACAAUUCCAUCAACUCCACCAUUGAGUGUGAGUGCUGAGCAGAGAUUUGAGAUUGUUAGAAGCGUCGGAGAAGAGUGCAUUCAAGAUGAAGAACUCUUUAACCUCCUCGCCAAAAAACCCGAACCUAUUUGCUAUGAUGGCUUCGAACCUUCUGGAAGAAUGCACAUUGCUCAGGGUGUCAUGAAAGCAAUCAAUGUGAACAAGCUAACGGCUGCUGGUUGCCGAGUCAAAAUGUGGGUCGCUGAUUGGUAUGCUAAGCUUAAUAACAAAAUGGAUGGAGAUUUGAAGAAAAUUGAAGUUGUUGGCCGCUACAUGAUCGAGAUUUGGAAAGCUGUUGGGAUGGAUCUGGAAGGGGGGAAAGUUGACUUUUUGUGGUCGUCCAAAGAGAUUAAUUCCAAAGCGGAUGAGUAUUGGCCUCUUGUGUUGGAUAUAGCUCAGAAGAACAAUCUUAAAAGGAUUAUCAGGUGUAGUCAAAUUAUGGGGCGGAGUGAGCAAGAUGAAUUGACCGCUGCUCAAAUAUUCUACCCAUGUAUGCAGUGCGCUGACAUUUUUUUCCUCAAGGCUGACAUAUGCCAAUUGGGAAUGGAUCAGAGAAAAGUGAAUGUACUUGCCAGAGAGUAUUGUGAUGUUAUUAAGAGGAAGAACAAGCCCAUCAUCUUAUCACACCACAUGCUUCCUGGUCUACAGCAAGGGCAAGAGAAGAUGUCAAAAAGUGACCCUUUAUCAUCCAUUUUCAUGGAAGAUGAGGAGGCUGAUGUGAAUCUGAAAAUAAAAAAGGCAUAUUGCCCACCAAAUGUCGUGGAAGGAAACCCAUGCUUGGAGUACAUUAAAUAUAUUAUUUUACCUUGGUUUCACGAGUUUACUGUGGAGCGUAAAGCAGAUAAUGGAGGGAAUAAGACGUUCAAAAACUUUGAAGAGUUGAUUGCUGACUAUGGAAGUGGAGAGUUACAUCCAGCUGACCUUAAACCAGCUCUGUCAAAGUCAUUGAAUAAAAUUCUAGAGCCUGUGAGGGAACACUUCAGAAAGGACAGCAAUGCUAAAGAGCUACUGAAAAGGGUCAAGAAUUACAAGAUCACCAAGUAG